AUGGCACUCGAUUUUGCGGCCACGUACAAGGUGCUGGUGUUGGGCGAUUCCAACGUUGGCAAGACGUGCAUCGUGCAUCGUUACUGCGACGAGCGGUACUACGAUACCUACAUUUCCACGAUCGGCAUCGAUUUCAAGCAGAAACUCAUCAACCUGGACGGUGUGCCGAUCAAGCUACAGAUCUGGGACACGGCCGGUCAGGAACGGUUCCGCACGCUGACGACUGCCUACUACCGUGGUGCAAUGGGGAUUCUGCUGAUGUACGACGUGACGAGCCUGGAAUCUUUCAACAACUUAUCCUACUGGUUGCGGAACAUUCAGGAGAACGCGGCUCCUGAUGUGGUAAAAGUUCUGGCCGGCAAUAAGUGUGAAUGCACCUCACAACAGCGAGCAGUCGACAAGGAGCGAGGUGAAAAGAUUGCCGAGAACUUUGACAUGCCAUUCUUUGAAGUGUCUUGCAAACAGAACAUCAACAUCGAGGAAGCAUUCCUGACACUGGCCCGGAAGAUACGCGAACAGAGAGAACAUCGGGGUGAAAACUUUGAUGAUGGUGAUCGCCAGAAGGGCCUGCAGGAUAUGAUCAAGAACGGACCGGGGUCUAACGGUCUCGGACCGUUUACGUUAGGUAGUGGUGGCGAUGGUGGACGCUGUUCGUGCUAA